AUGGCCAAUAGAGUGACCGGCACUUGUUGCACAGCAUCGGUAGAACGCGCAGGCCUGCCAGGCCUUCUUCGAGACCUACAAAGAUUAUCAGAAGAUCAAGAUUCUGCAGAUAUCGUGUUUAUAUUGGGCCCAAAUGAAGAAAAAGUUUAUGCCCACAAAAUAAUUUUAAUUGCAAGGUGCAAAAGCUUCCAGAACACAAAGCGUGGCGAGGUGUGUCGUAUUCCUGGCUGUACAGUAACGCCAUCUCUUGGCCAGCCGACUCCUAUCCGUCUGCAGCACGUGCAGCCGGAGACGUUCAGGCUCUUCACUCAGUAUGUUUAUACUGGGAAGUUAUUAUUACAAGAUUCUGGAGUAUUUGAGAUGAUGACGCUAGCUGCGGACUUGGGAGUAGAAGAUCUUCGGGCGGCAUGUGAGGAUCACGUUACUUCCACGUUGAGUGUUGAGAGUGCUUGUACUCUUCUAGCAGCUGCUAUGGAAAUUCAAGAUAGACCAGGUGGUAAGAGUGCAUCAUCUUUCUUGGAGCGCUGCAUAUCAUUCAUCGGAGACAAUGCUGCGGACUGUGUCAAGACUAAUGCAUUCCUCAACCUACCAAAGGAAGCACUCAUCAAACUCAUAUCUUCAGACUUUCUGUGUCUGGAGGAGGAGGAGGUGUGGCGUUGUGCCCUGGCGUGGUCCAAGCAGCGGGCCGGGGUGACGCAGCCCGCUGUACACUGGACGGGCGAGGAGCGGGCCCGGGUGUGUCAGCACCUGGCGCCGCUCAUGCAGCACGUGCGACUACUACUCAUAGACAGUACAGUGUUCGCGGAGGAAGUGGAGCCCACGGGCGCCGUGCCCAUGGAGUUGUCUUUGGAGCGCUACCGCCGGGCCGCCCUGCACGCCGCGCCGAGACAUGAGCCUGACAAGAGGACGCAACCACGGUCCGCCGUGAACAUGUUCGUGGGGUCGGUGAUCCUGCAGCAGGACCGCGGGGGCCUGCAGUCCCUCGUGAGCAGCUGGUGCGGCGCGGGGGGCGGCCGGCGGGCCUGGAGGCUCGUGUUCCGCGCCUCCACACACGGGUACUCCGCCGCCGCCUUCCACACGCACUGUGACGGAGUGGCGCCCGUGCUGCUCUUAGUACAGUUGUCGCGGGGCGAGGUCAUAGGUGGCUACAGUACAGCGGGCUGGUCUCCGGGCGGCGCGGGCGGGUACGUGUCGUCGGAGCGCGGCCUGCUCUUCUCCCUGAGCGAGCCACCGGUCCGCUACCCGCUCCUCAAGAAACCGUUCGCUCUCUGCUACCACCCUGAUUGCGGGCCCAUCUUCGGCGCGGGCGCGGACCUGCUGAUCUCCAACAACUGUAACAUGAACAGUGACAGCUACAGUAACCUCCACUCGUAUGGAGACGGCUCCCUGGGGUCCCUCGGGUCCCUGGGGUCUCCGGGGCCUCAGCCCGCGCCCUCCUCGCUCGCCUCUGAAUACAACUUCACCGUCCGCGACUACGAGAUCUUCACGCUCGACCACUAG